CCAAUUGUUUCAACAUUUUUAAACUAAUUCUCAGUUAUAACUAUUUCAAUGUGAUAAAAAAAACUAAGUAGAACGUAAAAAAGUUUUUAUAUUACGGCAUCGCAAUGCCUUUCAUGAAAGGAAAAUUUGCGGUUCGCAGAACCCUUAAAUAUUUGGAAUCUGGUAAAUUGCUACUUAAAGAUCGCAUUAAAAUCUUCUCUAUCAAUUAUAAUACAUUUGGCGAACAUCACCAAGGAGCAAGAGACUUUGUUUACUGGUAUCUGCCUCAAAUUCAGUACAAAAAUCCUGAAGUACAAGUCAUAACCUUUAAAAAUCUUACACCCACACCGUUUGUAAAAUGUUAUUUCGAGGAAGGAAAUCAAUUGUUAAUUGAUAUUGACAGCAAAACAAAAGAAGAAGUUCAUGAUCAUCUCUUAAAAGUAGUAGGAAAGUCGGAAGCACUACAACUGGUAGAAAAAAAAUUAAAGGAAAAAAUUGAUAAUGUCGCUAACUUUGGUUUUGGUUGUGAUCGACAUUGUAUUUGUGAAAUUCCUGGGCAAUUGUCUUGUCCUGGUAUAGUACCACUUCCUUUACAUAUGAGAGGAAAAACGAGAAUGUUAAAUAAUUGAUAAAAGUUUAUAUAAU